AUGAUUUUAGCUUGAACUUUCAAGUUGACAGGUAUAUUUUGUGUUCGUUGUGCGUAUUACAGUUCGUUUGUGUCGUGUUUUUUUUUUCUUUAUUAAGAUUAGAAAUAUUAAAAAAUAUGCCACCAAAGACAAGCGGUAAAGCAGCGAAAAAGGCUGGAAAAGCUCAAAAGAAUAUUUCGAAGAGCGACAAGAAAAAGAAGCGCAGGAGGAAGGAAAGCUAUGCAAUCUAUAUUUAUAAGGUAUUGAAGCAAGUACACCCCGAUACCGGUAUUUCGAGCAAGGCGAUGAGCAUCAUGAACAGUUUCGUUAAUGAUAUCUUUGAACGGAUCGCCGCUGAAGCUUCUCGUCUUGCGCAUUACAACAAGCGUUCGACGAUUACGAGCCGGGAAAUUCAAACAGCGGUUCGUCUCUUGUUGCCUGGUGAAUUGGCAAAGCACGCAGUCUCUGAAGGUACCAAAGCCGUCACCAAAUACACAAGUUCAAAAUAGAGAAGUUUUUUCUUUCAUCGUUUAAAAAGAAGAAAAAAAUGAAAUCGGUUCUUUUCAGAA